AUGAGGCGCAGCAACCAGCCCCCGAUGGAUCUACCGCGGGAGUACCACGGCGGCCCACCCGAGCACUACCGCGACCACCCUCCUCCAGCCUACCGUCAGCACGUCACCCUCGAACAUUUCCGCCCCGCCACCAGCAUGGACCUCUACCGACCUGCCACCUCGCACGCCGAAUCGUACCGGUCUCAGGGUGCCUCGGGCAACCAGCCCGACCCAUUCCGCUCGGGGUCGAGCGCCGGGUCUGGGGUGCCAUCGUACCACGUGUGCACUUCGUCAGCCGACACCUUCCGGCCAGUCAGCAGUGGCCACACGUUCCACCACAGCCCGAGCUGCCCGCACACCACCUUAGCGGGCCACGGGCCCAGCCACGACCCCUUCCACAGUUUCUCCGGGGACAUGUGCCGCAGUUUAGGAGGCAACGGCCAUGAGGGAUACAAUGAUGGCACUCUGCAGGCCCGCCCCCACGAGCACCACCACCACGACCCCUACCACCGCCACCCAUCACCUCAGGACAUGGCCGGGUCUCGGGGACACAUCGCCGGCCCUCAGGCUCCAGAUAUGUACCGCGACCUUCCGCCGCUGAUGCCCCACACUCCACACCAUCACCACCACCAUCACCACCAUCACGCCCCACAGCAACAUCCCCCUCGCCACCUGGUGCGGCACACAUCCAACAUUGACCGGCACACUCUGGAGCGACACAGGGCCAAUCUGGAGUCUCGCGGAGUCCUGGAACCCCAUCAGGAAGUGGCCAGCCCUCGGGACCCCCUCGGCCCCCUCCUGCUCGAAACGAGGCCCCACCACGCCAGCAGCGCCCCCGACAUGUUGCGCCACCACCGCUCGGUCCCGGACAUGUAUGCCACGUUACAGGCGGAGGAGCAGGCCGCGGAGGACCAGCACACGUACGGCGAGGGAUGCCGCCUCCGUCGCCAACAGUCCGUGAGCAAAGAAGGAACGAGCACGUCGGGCAGUGCGGCCUCGGAACCCUCUGCCCGGCCUCGGGCUCGUCCGUUCGGUCUGCAGCGCCAGCAUUCCUUAGGACAAGAACUGUCGCGGCCUUUCUCCAGCGAUUUCCGGCCACCGCGCGAGCUGAGGAAUGUGCAGCAGGACAUCACACGGUCGCAGAGCAACGCGCUGGACCUCGCCAGGGCAGGGAGCGUGGGGGGGCUGGCCCCGGACAUCCGACGAUCUCGAAGCAAUGCCCAGGACAUGUGUCGAGGGGCGAGGGCGGGGAGUGAGGGCCGAGAGAUCCGCCACGCUCACUCGACGCACGAAAUCCCCAUCGCACACUCCCCACGCUCCAGAUCCCCGCGCUCACACCAGACUCCGCUACCCGAUGUGUACCCGGACCCGGCCCGGACCUCCUCGGGGGGCUCCAGCGGACCCUCUCCACCGAUUCCCCCGGGCCCGCCGUCGGAACCCGCCCGGGCUGGUGGUGGUGGUGACUACCCUCGCCAGCACUUGGCUUAUUGCGAAGUAGCUCGUGCCCAACAGCAACAGCAACAACAUGGUUAUUACUUGGGAAGCUCGCAGUCAUCUAGCAGGGUGAGUCAGGUCGCUGGGAAUAACCACCAGUCCUACCAUCACCACUACACGCACCAUACAUCAACCAACCAGGUCACCCAAGCAAACACCGCCAGACAGCCACUUCGCAACGGUCGACUCAAAGUCAGUUCGGUUUCUCCUCAGUUUCUGUUGGUCGUUGGUGACUAG